AGAAUUUAACGGAAACCCCCCUCUCAUUUCCUCCCCCUCGCUUCCCGGAUCCACCCGUUUCUUUCCAUUCUCAUUCAUUCCCGUUUCGUUCAUCACCAACUCCUCCUUCCAGAACUCCCAAAGUCUCCGAUCCUUGGUUCAAAACCUACCGGAUUUGCGGCUGCAGGCGUCGCCGCCGUCGUAUGAACCCCAGGUCAGUUUCGGAGGAGAAAAAGGAAAUCUUUGGGUCUUUUUUUUUUUGCUGCGUGUUUCGCGAGUUCUGGGCGCCAUGGCGGCGCUGCUCUGCGGGCGCGCUUAAUCUGUUCGUGGGAAGGCGUCCAUACGUUUCUGUUCGUUUGGUCGAUGGUGAGGAGAUGGGAAGCUGCGAACGCUGUAAGUGUUGAUUCACGAGUCUGGAGGUAUUUUUAUUUCCAUCCGUGUUCUUCAGAACGCGUUUUGUUCAUCCGUGCUUUUGGUUGCGUUUUCUUCCUCGCUGAUUUUGCUGAGACGAAAAGAGAUGCCUUUUCUCUUCGUCUUUUUUGUUUGGAUCGGUAAGAGAGCAUGUUUAGUGAUGUCAUCCCGUUUGGGCUCUGCCGACUGAAGUUUGCUUACGGCUUGUUCAUUUUGUUUGUAUGUUCAUCAGGAUUAUGCCCUUCUAUUUAUUGUUGUUUUCGAGUUCUAAGCCUGACGGGACAGUAACAACUAAUUAGUAAUCUUGUCACAUUUUACGGAUCCUGUUGGAGAAGUGGGGCUAAAAGGUGGGCAAGUUGAGCAAAGCUGAAGGACUGUCCCUUAUUUCUUAAGGGUGGUGUUCAUAAGGAACCACCCUUCUUCGUUGCUGGCGGACAAACACCAAAAUGGCCCAGCUGUUGCACCACCAGGAUUCCGCGUUCUAUAGCAAGGAAUUACAUGGGUACCGAUGGGGUAUUCUUCAGUUCUUUGGAUUUCGCCGUCGCCUGCGGUCCACGAAGAUGCUAUCUGACAAGAAACACGGUCAGGGGAAAAGCAGUGGCGGAAGUAAAUGCCGAAGCUCCUAUGCUCCAUUGAAAAAUGAAGACAGCGGCAUCAUGGAUGAUGAGAAAAAUACUGAAGUUACAAAAAAACAGAAGGCAUCAAAAAAGAAUUCUGGUAAGGCUAGUUUGAGGUCCUUGAUUCUAAGGAAGUUAUAUGGAAAGGAAGGUCAGAAAGAAAAGAUACUUCCUGUUGCACCAAAGCUUCUGCGUACCAUUUCAAUACACUAUCUGGAAAGCAACGAAUAUGUUCUUGACGGUGAAUCCACUUCCAGUGGUGAUGGCUCUUCACAUAGUACUAAAUUGUCAAUGCAAAAUGCUAUGGACAUAAACUUGCGCCAUUCUACAUCUAGCAUCCCAGAUGGUUGUGAUAGUGAUUUAAGUUCUUCACUGCUCCUAAAAAGAGAUGACAGCCGUGUGAAGCGAAAGAGCCACCGUAGCAUUUCAAUGGAUGGGAUUCUUCACAAGGUCCCUUAUGGAAAGAAGGUGUCUGGAGAUGUAGUCAGUGAAGGUCUCCCCCGAUCAGCCUCUGCUACCUAUGAUAGGGAUGGUCUGAAACCUUAUAUUGGUCCUGCUGCAAAGAGGCAUGUAAGUCAAGGUUUUCGGCGUUCACGUUCCCUCAGUGAAUCUUUGGAAAAUUACUCUCGCUUACUUGAUGCCAUUUCAAGUAGUGAAUCCAAAAGAAUACUGACAAGCUCUAAGUCUACUAGGGAUCAUUCUCUAGAUGUCCCAAGUGUUACGACUUCAUUGCAAAGAGCUUCUGAAGUUGAGUUCCGAUCACAGGGUUUGGGUAAACAAGAUGAAAAUCUUGUAACUGCAGAAGAUGCCUUGACACCACAUGCUCAAGAGAAAACUGACAUCGAUGCAGAUGCAAACGUUGCUAUGGAUGAUAGUUCUGGUGAUGUGGUUGCUGGUGACUCCGAAAAACCUGCUUUACUUGAAGAAUGCAUCAAUGGCAAAAAAUUUGAUGUUGCAGUAUCAGCUGAAGAAGACUCCUGUAUUGUUCCUUCACCUUCAGAAGUUGUUGAUACUUCAGAAGAACAGGCAGCAACUUGUGGUAAUAAUGACCAGGUUCCCUCGUCAGCUGAAGUCGAUUUUCUUGCUGCCCAUUCGAUGUCAGAAGAAGUUGACAUCCUGGAAGAACAUGCAGAAACUUGUAAUGAUGCUCAGAUCCACUCUUCAGCCCAAGCAGAUUCAUGCACUGCUCUACUUUCAGAAGACGCCAAAAUUGCAGAAGAACAAACACCAGCUUUUCAUGACAACCAAAUGCACUCAUCCCACUUUCCAAAGUCAACAAAAGGUACUUCUUGUGUUUCUGAUCACAGUCACGAAUUCGAAGCUGACAUAAGUCUAAGCUUCGAGCAAGAAUCUGAAAGUCCAGUAUCUGUUCUUGACAUGGCCUUCUCAGCUGCUGCUGCUUGUCCGGUGAAACAUACACCGCUGGAUGAUACAUCUCUGAAGCCAAGAAUUCUCCAUUUAAAUGAUGCUGAUGUUUCAUCUGACACUACAAUUGUACAAGAAAGUGACUUUGAUGAUCUGAGUGGUUUCCAAGUAGAUCCAAGCCACCAAGUUGAGUUUAACUAUGUGAAGGAUAUAUUCAAGAAAUCGAGCUUCUACAAUGAAAUAUUGUUUGAUGAAUGGUACUCACAGAACAUCGCAGCUCUCCAAGAAGAGGAUUGCCAACACUACGAGGCUGCAGCAGCAUCAUUUGACUUCACUGAUAUGUCUGCUGAUCAGUUGCUUCUGUUUGAUUUGACAAACGAGGCACUGCUCGACAUCUACAAGAAAUAUUCUGUUGCCAAGUCCAAAUUCUCCUGGUUCUCAUCUUCGGGCAGACCAAAACCUGUGGGACACCGUGUCCUGAAGGAAUUGUGGUCUAGAGUGAGCUACCGCCUGGAUGAACGACCAUGGUCCAGCAUCCAAGUCGACACCAUUUUGUCAAAGGAUCUAGCAAAGAGCGACCACUGGAUGAAUUUAGAGAGAGAUGCUGAUCAUAUGGGGAACAAGGUGGCAGACUUUGUGUUUGACAAGCUUCUGACUGAACUCGUUCUUCAGCUUGCAGAGUGUUGAGUGUAGCUAGUUUUUUUUUGGGGGGUUGGGGGGGGGGGGUAGGAUAUUGUGCGAAGGCAUGGAAUCAUUCUGAUGUAGAUAUUACAAAUUUCUUUUGUGUCGGUUGAGGAAAACAAACAUACUCUGGAGGUCAUUGUUGUUAGGUGUUAGGAAUUCAAUUCAUGUGCUGGAAAGUCUUGCCUGUUGGUUACUAGUAUAAAUGAAUGGAUGAGGAAAUGCUUUUGCUCUACUA